AUGUCCCGUUCAUUAGAUAAAACUUCAACUAAUAGAAAAAAUCAUACCAAAUCAACAACAAAACUGCUCGUACAACCACCAUUCUAUUGUGUAGUCAAAUCGUUUAACAAAGGUAAACCAAAGAAAUCAUCAAGUUUUGCUUCAUACGAUCUAUCAAAGGAGGAAAACAUUUUUAAUGGACAUUUUUCUGGACCAAUGAAAAGUGUAUCCGUAGAACAGAAACAAAUAUUAGAGAGUGGAAAACGAAAUGAUUAUCUUACAAUGCGCUACGAUCAUAGUCCUGAUACAAAGUACAAUUUUCCAGAAGCAACUAGCUGGCGUUAUGGAUGGCUUCAUAAUGUUAAUUGCAAAAAAAUAUGA